GGGAAGUCAAGCUAAAUGCAGAACACUGUCAAAUAGGAAUAGCUGCGGAGUAGCUACUUGACUGAGUAUAGCUGGGCUUAAGGGGGAAAGCAGCCAGUCCAUGGAACCCAUAUAAAUAAUCGCACCACAUACAAGGUUGUUCAAAUUCUCCUCAGGAUGUUUGGGCAAUACUGACCUAAGUGGGGCCUGGCGAGGCAGCUGAGCAGAGGAGCCAUCAUGGGGGAGAGUGGGAGCCUGCACGCUGAGGGCAACGCCCUCCUCAAAGCGGUCUUCCAGGGCAAGCUGCGGCUGACCCGCCUACUGCUGGAGGGCGGCGCCUACAUCAACGAGGGCAAUGAACGAGGGGAGACGCCCAUCGCCGCCGCCUGCUUGGCUGCCGGGUACGAAGACCGCCAGAGCCGGCAAAAGAUGGUUCGGUAUCUCCUGGAGAAAGGGGCAGACCCCAACAUCCCAGACAAGUCUGGCCGGACAGCCUUGAUGCAUGCCUGUGCAGAGCAAGCUGGAAAAGAAGUGGUGUCCCUGCUGCUGGAGUAUGGAGCGGACCCCAGCCUCAAAGACUACUCUGGGUCUUCUGCUCUGGUUCACGCCAUCAACAAGGGUGACCGGGACACUCUGCAGAUCCUGCUGGAUGCCUGCAAGGCCAAAGGCAAGGAGGUAAUCAUAAUCACCACUGACACAUCCCCCUUGGGCACCAAAAAGACUAAACAGUACCUCAACUCUCCCCCUUCUCCAGGGGUGGUUGACAAAGUCUCCCCUGUUGCAUGCAUGUCCCCCUCGGAGGUGGAGAUCCGUACCUCCUGCUCCCCGGCCGCUGAGAAGGAGGAAGAGGAAGGCAUCUUCAGCUUUGCACUCACCUCCGCCCUGCCUCUGCCCUCCGCUCGCCCGCCCGGGGAGAAGAGGGCUCCUCCUCGCAAGCUCCUCAAGCGACUCAACUCGGAGCCCUGGGGACUGGUGGCCCCCUCGGUGCUGAGCGGGGCUCCCCCGGACAGAGGGGACGGCGACCUGCCGGAGGAGGUGAAGGUGGUCCUGGACAUGAACGGCCUUUCCCUCUCCGGCCCUGGCAGGCCCCUCCUGUCCCGCAGGCACAGCAUCGAGACACACGACCCCAGCUCUCCCAAACUCAUCGACCGCUCCUGCUCCGAGGACUGUGCAGCCCUCUGCGGCUCCUCCUGGGCUGACAAAGUGCAACAGCACCAGAUACUGUACCGCAGAAACACUGCUCCUGAGCCCCAGGAGACGGUGACCGUCCGUCCCUUAGCCCACCCUAAGCUGACUCGAAUGGACCACUAUGAGUCUGACACGCACCUGUGUCCUGAGUCCAUACCGGGGUCUCCAGAUUCCGGCCGGAUUUCAGUGGAGCGUCGAAAGUACAACGCAUCCCCUCUGUCCCUGCUGACCAGCUCCUCACGGGAGUCCUUGGAAAGUAUCCCCAACUCUGUGUCACCCAUUACCAUGCGCCGUCGUCCUCCAGGGCUACUGGAAAGAAGGGGGUCUGGCACCCUCCUCUUGGACCAUAUUUCCCAGACAAGGCCUGGUUUCCUGCCCCCGCUCAACGUUAACCCCCAGCGACCCAUCCCCGACAUCCGGGCCAACGGCAAACCCACAUCCCCGGUCCACUCCAGUCACAAGAUCCUGGUGCCUGUGGCCCCCACGUCCCCGAAGCGGGGCCACGAUUUCAAGCUGAAGAAGAAGCUGAUGAGGAGGCACUCCAUGCAGACGGAGCAAAUGAAGCAGCUUUCCACAUUCCAGGAGAUCCUGGCUGAAAAGGUGAUCGAGUUUACUGGGGACUGAGACGUGUAGGAGCUGGGGUCAAAGGCUGGGGACUGAGACGUGUAGGAGCUGGGGUGGAAGGCUGGGG